AUGCCUCCCCUGUCUGGCUUCUCAGACAACCCAUUGGAGACGAGAGAGGAUGUCGUUUGCGCCACAGAAGCCUUCCUCAGACCACUUUUGCAGUAUUUCUCGCCCGCAAAAGCGAGAGUCAAGAUACCCGUGGCCACUGGAACACACUUUGAUGAGACCGCCGCUCAGCUCGAGGGUUUCGCCCGUCCAUUAUGGGCUGUCGGGGCACUGUUGAUGAGUGGUGACCCCAAUUGGGACCUCAUCCAACCGUGGAUCGAUGGUUUCGAAGCUGGCACUGAUCCAGAACACCCUGAAUACUGGGGUGAAAUCCAGGAUUACGACCAGCGUAUGGUUGAAGCCGAGAUGAUCUCAUUUGCUCUCUUGGCCGCCCCUCGACAUCUACUAUGGGAUCGCUUCCGUCCCGAUACCCAGAGAAAUCUCAUCAAGUGGCUCUCGGGGCUCAACAGCAAGCUCAUACAUAGGGCUAAUUGGCUGUGGUUCCGCGUCUUCGCUAACCUGGCAUUAUCGCGUGUCUGCGAAGUCGAUACCUCUGAAGUUCAACACCAGAUUCAGGCUGACUUGGAGGUGCUCGACACCUUUUACAUCGACGAUGGUUGGUCAAGCGACGGCUUAUGGAGAAGUGCCGAGUUGGACGAUGAGGAGUACCAGAUUUACCAGAAAACGGGACGAGCGAACGCCCUCCCCAGCGGCCGAAACGCUUGCUUCUACUCUGGUAGCUUCGCGAUCCAGUUCAGCCAGCUCCUCUACAUCAGAUUCGCCGGAGAUCAAGAUCAAGCCAGAACGGAGAAGUACCGACAACAGGCUCGUGACUUUGGGGCGGGGUUCUGGAGGUUCUUCGAUUCCGCAGGUGCCGUCGUGCCCUUUGGCCGCUCACUCACGUAUCGUUUUGCCGCUGCAGGUUACUUCGCUGCAUUAGCCCUUGCUGAUGUGCCCAAUAUGCCGGCGCCGUUGUCAAGCCCUGGUGCAGUGAAAGGUUUCUUGCUCCGUCAUCUUCGAUGGUGGGCUAAGCACUCAUCCGAGAUCUUCUAUCCAGACGGCACCUUGAACUUUGGCUGGGUAUACCCCAACAUGUACCUCACUGAAGACUACAACUCACCACAGUCACCAUACUGGUGUUUGAAGUCUUUCGUCGUCGUUGCACUCUCUGCUGAUGAAACCUUCUGGACCGAGCCGGAAUGUCCCUAUCCAUCCAUACCGGCGACUUCCUGCGUCAAAUUGUUGCCUGCCCCUCGCCAGAUCCUCUGCAACCACCCGUCAGGAAAUCAUCAUUUCAUGAUUUCCACAGCACAAUACAUGGGAAUACCGUUCAAGGGGCAUGCUGCAAAAUACUGCAAGUUUGCCUACUCUUCCGCCUUCGGCUUUUCGGUCCCCACGACGCAAGCAACGUUGCACCAAAUUGCGCCAGACAAUGCACUUGUUUUCAGUGGAGAUGGGAUGCAAACCUGGACUGGAAAGUACAAGUGCGGUGAUACGAAGUACGGAACCGCUAUUGUACGCGCCGAAAAUGCCGAAAGCCUCAUCACGGCGACCGUGGAGUGGUUUCCCUGGGCAGACCGGAGUGUGUCGGUGACAACUACUGUAUUCCCGCCAACGGAGAGGUGGCCAGACUGGCAUAUCAGACUACAUCGUGUCCGAGCUACUAAAUCAACUGGACGAAUGUUCACGGCAGAGGGUGGCUUUGCCAUCAAUGGGCGUCAAGAAGGCAAUACUCUUGCCCUACCCGUAUUCCAAGAUGAUGCGCUUGACAAUGAGCUAGAAGUUGGAGGGGCGGAGAUGAUCAUUGAAAGCAAGGCAUCCGUGCUCAUUCUAAGUGAAGCCGGCGCUUCUGGUGUCGUGACGGAGCUAUUGACUGGUGUACCGGCUUCCCCGACUGUUUCGGCCCUCAAACCGGAGGCAAACACCAACCUCAUGAGCCAACGUACGCUGAUUCCAACCGUUGAGCACGACAUUAUCAGUCUAAACGCGGGCGACGAACUCUUGUUUGUUACCAAAGUCUUUGCUAUCUCAAGCCAAGCCAAUGGCGGUCGAAUCAUCAAGGAUAAGAGCUUGAGGGAAAGGUGGCUGGAUCCGCCGAUUGUCAAAACAGACGGAUCAUCUAGGGAACAUGAGAAGGACUUUAUACAAAUAAUUGGGUAG